CAAGCAAAUAUGGCACGAACCAAGCAGACUGCCCGUAAGUCCACCGGAGGCAAAGCCCCCAGAAAGCAGCUGGCCACCAAGGCUGCCCGUAAGAGCGCCCCGGCCACCGGCGGCGUGAAGAAGCCUCACCGUUACAGGCCCGGUACCGUGGCUCUGAGAGAGAUCCGUCGCUACCAGAAGUCCACGGAGCUGCUGAUCCGCAAGCUGCCCUUCCAGCGUCUGGUGAGAGAGAUCGCCCAGGAUUUCAAGACGGACCUUCGUUUCCAGAGCUCCGCUGUCAUGGCUCUGCAGGAGUCCAGCGAGGCUUACCUAGUGGGUCUGUUUGAGGACACCAACCUGUGCGCCAUCCACGCCAAGAGGGUCACUAUCAUGCCCAAAGACAUCCAGCUGGCGCGUCGCAUCCGCGGGGAGAGAGCUUAACAAGUUUUCGCCGACAAACCCCCACAACGGCUCUUUUAAGAGCCACCU